AUGUACCUGCAGUGGCUCUACACAGGCGAGAUCGUCGUGACUGAAGAAGAGUGGCCGCCGGAGGAAGCUGAAAUUGCAAUCCACAAGGCUUACGUGCGACCAUUCUACCGAGCCCUGGUUUACUUGUACAUCUUGGCCGAUAUGCUGAUGGAUAUGACACUACGCAAUUGUACGCUGGAUGCCUUAAGAUCCUACAUUUAUCACAGCCCAGUCGUACCGAACAAUGUGUUGGUCACCAAAGUCUUCAAGGACACUCCGCCCGGCUCGAAGCUAUCGACUUUGCUCGUGGACAUCUUCGCCUGCUAUACAAAUUGCUCGUUCUCCGCGAACCCCAAACACGACUACCCGACAUCGUUCUAUCGAAUGUUGUUGGACAGAGUUGUCCCCGCGGCGAAAGGUACAUCAGUCUUGCAAAACCCAUACACGGCUCCCAAAUGUACCUACCACGAGCACGAUGCAUCGUGCCCACCUUGCGAGUGA